GGGAUUGGCUGGAGUGGGCUGAGGCUCGAAAAUGGCUGCGGUCGGUUCUGUAGUCCCAGGGGCUGUGACGGCUGCCGUGGUGCCUGUCCUGACAGCGAGCGGUGAUUUCUCAGAUUUGCGGGAAAUUAAAAAGCAGCUGUUACUUAUUGCGGGCCUUACUCGGGAGCGGGGCCUACUGCACAGUAGCAAAUGGUCUGCGGAGUUGGCUUUCUCCCUACCCCCGUUGCCUUUGGCCGAGCUGCAGCCGCCGCCACCUAUUACAGAGGAAGAUGCCCAGGAUAUGGAUGCCUACACCCUGGCCAAGUCCUACUUUGAUGUUAAAGAAUAUGAUCGAGCAGCACAUUUCCUACAUGGCUGCAAUAGCAAGAAGGCCUAUUUCCUAUACAUGUAUUCCAGAUACCUGUCUGGAGAAAAGAAGAAGGAUGAUGAAACAGUUGAUAGCCUAGGUCCCCUGGAGAAAGGACAAGUAAAAAACGAGGCUCUUAGAGAACUCAGAGUGGAGCUCAGCAAAAAACACCAGGCUCGGGAACUUGAUGGAUUUGGCCUUUAUUUGUAUGGUGUGGUGCUUCGAAAACUGGAUUUGGUGAAAGAGGCCAUUGAUGUUUUUGUGGAGGCUACUCAUGUUUUGCCUUUGCACUGGGGAGCCUGGCUAGAACUCUGUAACCUGAUCACAGACAAAGAGAUGCUGAAGUUCCUGUCUUUGCCAGACACCUGGAUGAAAGAGUUUUUUCUGGCUCAUAUAUACACAGAGUUGCAGUUGAUAGAAGAGGCCCUGCAGAAGUACCAGAAUCUCAUUGAUGUGGGUUUCUCUAAGAGCUCAUAUAUUGUUUCCCAAAUUGCAGUUGCCUAUCACAAUAUUAGAGAUAUCGACAAAGCCCUCUCUAUUUUUAAUGAGCUAAGGAAACAAGAUCCUUACAGAAUUGAAAAUAUGGACACAUUCUCCAACCUUCUUUAUGUCCGGAGUAUGAAAUCGGAGUUGAGUUAUUUGGCUCAUAACCUCUGUGAGAUUGAUAAAUAUCGUGUAGAAACGUGCUGUGUAAUUGGCAAUUAUUAUAGUUUGCGUUCUCAGCAUGAGAAAGCAGCCUUGUAUUUCCAGAGAGCCCUGAAGUUGAAUCCUCGGUAUCUUGGGGCCUGGACACUGAUGGGACAUGAGUACAUGGAGAUGAAGAACACGUCUGCUGCUAUCCAGGCUUAUAGACAUGCCAUUGAGGUCAAUAAGCGGGACUACAGAGCCUGGUAUGGCCUUGGGCAGACCUAUGAAAUCCUCAAGAUGCCAUUUUACUGCCUUUAUUAUUAUAGACGGGCCCAUCAGCUCCGGCCCAAUGAUUCUCGAAUGUUGGUUGCUUUAGGAGAAUGUUAUGAGAAACUCAAUCAACUAGUGGAAGCUAAAAAGUGUUAUUGGAGAGCUUACGCCGUGGGAGAUGUGGAGAAAAUGGCUCUGGUGAAACUGGCAAAGCUUCAUGAACAGUUGACUGAGUCAGAACAGGCUGCCCAGUGCUACAUCAAAUAUAUCCAGGAUAUCUAUUCCUGUGGGGAAAUAGUGGAACACUUGGAGGAGAGCACUGCUUUCCGUUAUCUGGCCCAGUACUACUUUAAGUGCAAGCUGUGGGAUGAAGCUUCAGCUUGUGCCCAAAAAUGUUGUGCAUUCAAUGAUACCCGGGAAGAAGGUAAGGCCUUGCUCCGACAAAUCCUGCAGCUUCGGAACCAAGGCGAGACUCCCACUACUGAGAUGCCUGCUCCCUUUUUCCUCCCUGCUUCACUGUCUGCCAAUACCACCCCUACACGCAGAGUUUCUCCACUAAACCUUUCUUCAGUCACACCAUAGUUGGCUACUUUCAAGCCAACAAACUGCCAGGCUCAGAUUACGCCUUACCUCCAUAUAAAGGCCACGUCUGUCUUCAAGGGCUUCAACUCUUGUUUCUACAGAUGGAAAACACCUCCUUGGGGACAGUUUAUAGAAUCACCUCCAGAGGCUGACUGACAGAAAAAACCCCGGCAGGAACAGACAUUGUCUUUUGCCAGUUAAAAGCACUUCUAUCUCACUUUUUUUCAGAGAGUGGCUGUAGAUCUUGGCCUUCUUCCCAGACCAUUUUUUCCCCCUAAAAAACAGCACUUUAGCACGGGCAGUGCUACAGGAACAAAGUUUAAUGCUGCUGGGAGUAGGAGGGGAUUUCUUUAGAGAGGCAAGGAAAGGAAAAAGGCCUGCCACUCUACCCCCUGCUGGCAGUAGGGGCAUUGAAUACCUCAGGAAGAGGUCAGGGCACUGGAGGGACGUGACCUCUUUGGAUUUGCUAAGCAUGUUCCUUAUCCUGAUGUCAGAGAUUAGGUUUAAAUGGUGUGAAGUGAUGCAUUUGUUCUUACUCUAGGGAGGCAUUUUUUCAAAACACAAUUUUGAUGAGUCUACUAGAAGCUUUCAAAUUAAAAGUAAGUUACUGGAGUUGAAUAAAAGAAAGGCAGAAAGAAUUUCAGAGCGUGGAACAGCUGAUGGCCUUACUUAGGGCAAAAGAUGUCUCCCAUUGCAUUGGCUGUACCCCAACCAAAGCAAAGCAAGGAAACAGGGAUACAGAUAAUUCAUGGACAUUUGGGAAUGAUACUUUUGUGACUGUACAUACUGAGAAUAAACUCACUGCAAGCCAGCCUGUUUUAAUAAACACUUUUGAUGUA